AUGGAGCUUGACGUUGCUGCGAGUGUGGCUCUGGCAGUAUUGAUAGUUGCAUAUGGGUUCAUUUUUGGGGUUCUCAAGAGGGUGAAUGAGUGGAUAUAUAUGAGAAGGUUGGGAGAGAAGAGAGGCUCUCUUCCACCUGGUGACAUGGGUUGGCCUUUGGUGGGCAAGAUGUGGUCCUUCCUGAGAGCCUUCAGGUCUGAUGACCCUGACUCUUUCCUCUCUACCUUCAUCUCAAGGUUUGGAGCCACAGGUAUCUACAAAACCUACAUGUUUGGCAGUCCAAGCAUAAUCGUGUGCAAACCCGAGACAUGUAGGCGAGUAUUGACAGAUGACCAAAACUUCAAGCUCGGUUACCCUAAAGCGGUUAGAGUAUUAAGUGGCCGGAGAUCAUUCCACAGCAUCUCCAACGCUGAGCACAAACGGCUCCGGCGGCUCACGGCUGCUCCCAUCACCGGCAGUGAGGCCCUGUCGAUGUACGUCCCAGGGAUUGAGGAGAACAUAGUGGCUUCCUUGGAAGAGUGGUCGAGUUCGGACCAGCCGGUUGAGUUCUUGACCGGGAUGAAGAAGGUCACGUUCAAGAUCAUUACGAACAUCUUCUUUGGCUUGGAUCAGGUUGAUUUCAACUUCAAGACCAUGGAGAUCUUGUACGGUGACUUGGCUCGUGGAAUGAAGUCCGUACCUAUCAACUUCCCCGGAUUCACUUUCAACAGAGGCGUCAAGGCGAGGAGAGAGCUGGUUAAGAUCCUCCAAGCUAUUGUGGAUGAGAGGAAGGCUUUGAAGGGAAGGAAUGGGUCGAUCACGAGGAAGAACAUGUUGGAUAUGCUAAUGGAGGUUGAAGAUGAGGAUAAGAGGAAACUGGAGGAAGAGGACAUAAUUGACAUAUUGCUCAUGUACUUGCUUGCUGGCCAUGAAACCUCAGCUCAUGGCACUAUGUGGGCUGCUCUUUACCUCCAUGAACAUCCUGAUAUCCUCCAAAAGCAAAGGUAAGAGCAAGAGGAGAUCAUCAGGAGGAGACCAACUACACAGAGUGGAUUGACCCUCAAGGAGAUUAGGCAAUCACAGUAUCUUACAAGGGCGGUUGACGAAACGUUGCGUAGAAUCAGUCUCUCAUUUGCAGUUUUUCGAGAGGCAAAAGCUGAUGUGAACGUCAAUGGCUAUCUCAUACCAAAAGGUUGGAAAGUCAUGGUUAGUUCAAGGGCAGUACAUAUGGAUCCAGAAAAUUAUUUGGACCCAAAGAAAUUUGACCCAUCUAGAUGGGAAAACAUUAAAGCAAAAGCAGGAGCUUUCCUACCAUUUGGAGCUGGAAGCCGGUUCUGCCCAGGAAGUGAUUUGGCCAAGCUUGAAAUCUCCAUCUUUCUCCACCAGUUCCUGCUUCACUACAAGCUGGAGAGAGUAAAUCCGAAGAGCCCAGUGUCACAUCUACCACUGCCACAUCCUUCGGACAAUUGCCUUGUCAGAUUCGUAAAGCUCCAUUAGAUACCUGAACAAGUUCGAGGACAUCUCAGCAUUCAGCAUCCUUCUGUUCCCCGCAUCUGUCAGAUCUUAAAUAAACUGAUGAAUCGUUUCGUUGCCGUUUUCUUAGCGUCUGCUUGGAAAUAUUGCAUAUACGGUGUGUACUUUGUUUUCCUAAAUGCCUUGUCCAUGAAUGUAAGCAACAUAUAAUGUCAUUUCCAUUCCCAAACUUGGGUUAUGUUUCCAUGUAAAGUUACCCUACGAAUUCACUAGACUUCAA